UAUGGGGGGGGGGGGGUGUAUGUUCAGUUGCAGUUUUUAACAGUUUCUUCCUCAUUCACAUAUUAUCUGAUGAUAUUUAGUUUACUAUUACAAGCCAUUGUAAAAAUCUAACGUUAACUUGUCUUACAGGCAGCUGCACGAGCAGAUUCUAUUUUUUUCACUUGCGUCAAAUUGCCGAAAUGAAAGUGAAAGUUCUUUGGAGUCGAAUGGCACAGGGAAAGACAUCUCCGGGAGACAGUUUUGUAACAUUAUGCGUUUAAACGUCAAUAUUGUUAUCUGUUUAUUUCUCUGUGCAGAGGUGCCAGGCAUCCAGUCUUUACAACAGGUGCCUUGGCUGCCUUGUAUGCUGGUGGAUGAACUUGUAAAGUUCAAUGAUGAGGGACAUGCUGAAACCCAGUAUCAACACAGAAACGCUGGGCUGCAGUUUGGUCAUCCAGGGGACAGUGCAUUGAACCCUAAUGCCAUCACCUUCCUUGUUACAGGCUCUAAGGUGGACAUGAGGAAGUACAUUGAAGGAGCAGUAGUGGAGCACCAGCUGCAGUGUGAGAUCCGCAGGUACAGCACAGAGGGUAUCCAGGUGCGUUGGCCAGGUUUAGGAGCCCAGGAUCACGAUAUCUGGUUCACCAGCACCUUACGGCACACCGACGGCCUCUUCGUCAUCACCAGCUUCCUCAGACAUACCCCUGCCACACCCACACCUGGCCAGGCAGACUACCGCAACUGGGCCGCCAUCGCAGACAGAGAGAUGUUAACCACCUCAACUGCGAUGCUAGUCUUCACCCGCACUCCCUCUGUGUGGGUGGGCCUAAUGAAGCAACAGAGCCUGCAUUGUCAGUUUGACGUGGACCACAAGGCAGUCGACCUGACAGUGGAAUGGCGUUUGCAACGACGCGGCGAACGGACCACGCUCUUCAGCCACUCCAGACGCUCGGGCCAAAGGGAGGGGGGCGGGGUGGAGCUUAAGGGCAUCGGUAGGGGCGACGCAUCCCUGACGCUCCCCCUCACCAAGCAGAGCAGCGAGGGGACGUAUGUCUGCCUUGUCUCGGUGCCUCCGCUGUUUGGCAGCCAUGAAAUCGCUCUGAACAUCAUGGAGCCUCCUCGCGUGUCCUUGAACGUGGACUCUGUCAUCUCCAUGGUGGAAACGGAGAAACAGAAGGUGGUGUGUGGGGCAGAGGGCUACUACCCCCUGGACGUGGAGAUGGAGUGGUUCAGGGAGCCCAGUGGUGGAGGUGGAGGCCUCCUACCAGAGAAGCUGGACACUGUCCUGUACUCCAGCCACCGCCACCACCAGGACGGGACCUACUCUCUGUCGGCCUUCUUCCUGCUCCACGCUUCCAUGCAUGACUCGAGCUCCAAGUACUUCUGCAGGGUGUCUCACAGCUCCCUGCGCAUGCCCAUCCGCAAGAGUUUCACCCUCAUCGUCACAGAGGUUGACAGUUGGAACUGGCUGUGGUUGUUCUUUGGCUGUGGAUUCAUCCUGGUCAUGGUGGCCACUUUGUGUGUGAUGCUACCCCGCCUGAGCUCAGCAAGAACAACAAACAAGAGAAAGCCCUACUGAGAGAACAUGCCAGAGUGGUUCGAGCUGAUCACCAUGGAUACAGACAGUCCAUUCCUACCCUCCUUCUUCACCUCCUUCUCUUCAUCUCAGUACUUCUCUAACAGGAGGUUUAUUUUGGGAAUGUGGGUAUAGUGUGUGUCCAUCAAGUCAUUUGAUAUGGGGUAAUGUUUCUUCUGAUUCUCCCAUUAUAAAGUACAGUAAAUGUAGAAAGAUUGAUCAUGUGUUUUUCAUUAUUUGGGAACGAGGGACUAUCCCACAAGGUCAGAGUACUGCUCUAUGAUAAUACCACUCUUAAUUUUGCUAUAACAAAUAAUUGACAUGGAAUAAUGAUUUUCUUUUAGAAAAAUGCAUGAUCAUGUUUGAUAUGAAAAUAUGCACUCAGAAAUGUAUUUGUUUGAAGUUAUUGUUUUCAUUAAUUUCCUGUAUUUAAUAGUU